GGCACCUCUGAGAUGAUGAGUUAUUAUAUGGACACAACCAUCGGCAACACAGCCCCUUACCCUUUGGCUCGCCCUGGAGCGAUGCAAGGUGCCACCGGCCCCUGUGAGGAUCCCUGGGUGACCUGCGGCUUUCAGGCCGCCUGCUGCCAGCCGAGGACGUGCUGCCCGCUCUGGGACGAGCCUGCCACCCAAGAAGUGCCCACCGGCCUGGAGCACUACAGCACGGAUAUGGAAUGUGCGGAUGUGCCUUUAUUAACUCCCAGCAGCAAAGAAAUGAUGUCUCAGGCAUUGAAAGCCACCUUCAGCGGCUUCGCAAAAGAGCAGCAGCGGCUGGGAAUCCCCAAAGAUCCCCAGCAGUGGACAGAGACGCACGUGCGGGACUGGGUGAUGUGGGCGGUGAACGAGUUUAGCCUGAAGGGAGUGGAUUUCCAGAAGUUUUGCAUGAAUGGAGCUGCCCUCUGCGCCCUGGGCAAGGAGUGCUUCCUGGAGCUAGCGCCUGACUUUGUGGGAGAUAUCCUUUGGGAACAUCUGGAGAUCUUGCAGAAAGAAGAGGUAAAGCCAUACCCAGCAAAUGGAGUGAAUACAACAUAUCCAGAAUCCCGCUAUACUUCAGACUACUUAAUUAGUUAUGGCAUCGAGCAUGCACAGUGCGUGCCUCCCUCUGAGUUCUCUGAGCCCAGCUUCAUCACAGAGUCCUACCAGACCCUCCAUCCCAUCAGCGCGGAAGAGCUCCUGUCCCUCAAGUACGAGAACGACUAUCCCUCGGUCAUCCUGCGUGACCCAGUCCAGACAGACUCCCUGCAGACAGACUACUUCACAAUCAAGCAAGAAGUAGUAACGCCAGAUAACAUGUGCAUGGGACGUGCCAGUCGAGGUAAACUGGGCGGCCAGGACUCCUUCGAGAGCAUAGAGAGCUACGACAGCUGCGACCGGCUGACGCAGGCCUGGAGCAGCCAGGCCCCCCUCCAGAGGCUGCAGCUGGUGAUCCAGCUGUCCUUGACAUCCAGAGUCUGUGCAGUAGCUUUCCUAGAAGCAUCAGCAUCCUUCCUGCCUGCUUGCCUGCACUUCUGGAGACAUGUGCCUGGUGACUUCAAGUGUGACCAGCCAGCAGCUCCUGCCCGCUUUUUGCCUCCGGUGCAGAGCCUGCAUGGGCUCAGCAGCCCUUUUGGCCUCUGCAAGGUGGCCAGGCGAUGGGGCAAGAGGAAAAACAAACCCAAGAUGAACUACGAGAAGCUGAGCCGCGGCUUGCGCUACUACUACGACAAGAACAUCAUCCACAAGACGGCCGGGAAACGCUACGUCUACCGUUUCGUCUGCGACCUGCAGAGCCUGCUGGGCUACACGCCCGAGGAGCUCCACGCCAUGCUGGACGUCAAGCCGGAUGCCGAUGAGUGA